GCAGAUACUCCAGCCCAUUCUCAAACAUGCUCACACAAACACACACACCCACUCUCACACACUCUGUCUAUACCUAACUUCUUGGACUAUUGCUCCAGCGCUACAGUGCGGUUACGCUUGGAUUGUUCAAAUACAUGUGGCUCUGCUGGAGGUAGCUGCUUUCCCCAGGGGACCUUAAGUGUACAGAUGGUUUGAGCAGUCAAGAGAAAACUUUAUGACAGCUAAUUUCAGCUCUGCUGUACUUCCCCUUUUGACUGGCUCUGAAGCUACUGGGUUUUAUGGAGCUGAAAAGGCAGCCUUUGAAUUGAAUUCGACUUGUUUCUUCUUCUUGUGGAUUCAUUUUUUUAAAUAUUACAUUCUGUUGGAAUACCCUGGCAGUCUGAAGGAAAAAUCUAUAAGCCUUAUAAUGGACGACCACAGUGGCUCCAACAGCAGUCCCCAGUCAGGCUGGGCGAGGCAGAAUGUCAUUAAGUGUGGGUGGCUAAGGAAGCAAGGGGGCUUUGUCAAGACUUGGCACACACGCUGGUUUGUUCUCAAGGGGGACCAGCUUUAUUAUUACAAAGAUGAAGAUGAAACUAAAGCACUGGGAACAAUUUUCCUACCUGGAAACAGAGUCACUGAGCAUCCAAACAAUGGCGAGGAACCUGGAAAAUUUCUUUUCGAAGUUGCCCCAGGUGGAGAUCGGGAGCGGAUGACAGCCAAUCAUGAAACAUACCUUCUUAUGGCCAGCACCCAGAAUGACAUGGAGGAUUGGGUAAAGACCAUUCGCAGAGUCAUAUGGGCCCCGUUUGGUGGAGGUAUUUUUGGUCAGAAGCUGGAGGAAACAGUUCGAUAUGAGAGGAGAUUUGGGAACAAGAUGGCUCCCAUGCUGGUGGAGCAGUGUGUGGAUUUCAUUCGACUGAGAGGGCUCAAGGAAGAGGGGCUCUUCAGGCUGCCUGGACAAGCCAACUUGGUCAAGGAAUUACAGGAUGCCUUUGACUGUGGGGAGAAGCCAUCAUUUGACAGCAGUACAGAUGUGCACACAGUUGCCUCCUUGCUCAAGCUAUAUUUAAGAGAGCUUCCAGAGCCAGUCAUUCCUUUCGCAAAGUAUGAAGAAUUUCUGACCUGCACUAAACUUCUCACCAAGGAUGAAGAAACUGGGAUGAAGGAUCUGAUUAAGCAAGUAAAGAGCCUGCCUCCAGUCAAUUACAACUUACUUCAGUACACCUGCAGAUUCCUGGAUGAGGUCCAGUCCUAUUCAGGUGUUAACAAGAUGAGUGUUCAGAACCUGGCCACUGUCUUUGGUCCAAACAUUCUGCGUCCUAAAAUGGAGGACCCUAUGACAAUCAUGGAAGGUACAGUGCUGGUGCAGCAGCUUAUGUCUGUACUGAUUGGAAAGCAUGACCAGGUGUUCCCCAAAGAAGAGGAGAAUCAAACUGCACUAGAGGUCUGCAACAACAACAACACAACUCAAACCAAACUAUCGACUGGCCAGCUUCAGAACAAAGAGAACAACAACACAAAGGAGAACUCUGCCAGGCAGUGCUCCUGGGAGAAUCCUGAAUCUCCACAAAGAAACAGUGUGGACAACGGUUCCCCAACCUCCCUGGGUGGCAACAGGUCAGGCAGCCCACGUAACAGCCUGACAGGAAAAUUCGAUAUAACAAGAAGCCCCCCUCUCAUGGUAAAGAAGAAUCCAGCCUUUAACAAAGGCAGUGGUAUAGUGACCAAUGGGUCCUUCAGCAGCUCGGCAGAAGUUCAGGAGAAGAGCCAGACACUGCCUAACUGCCUGCAGGCCAGGAGGACACUGUCAUUGAAAGGCUCAGGGACUAAAAUGGGCACCAGCAGUGUGCCAAACGGAGGAGUGAGAAUGGGCCUUUCGAGCACUGAUGUAAUGAGCAGCACCCUAAAUGGUCGUAAUGGUAUAUGGAUGCCCAAUGGCUGUGUCACAAUGAGGGACAAUAAACAAAAGGACUCUGUUAAUGAGCCGUCAACGCAGCAGAACAGACUGUCCACCUACGACAAUGUUCAGCAGCAGUCCUCCGUGGUGAACUGUGAGGACAAGCAGAGUGUGGACAGUGCCACGUGGUCCACCUCAUCUUGCGAAAUCUCAUUACCGGACAACUCCAACUCCUGUCGUUCUUCCACGACCACCUGCCCUGAGCAGGACUUCUUUGGUGGGAAUUACGAAGAUCCAAUCUUGGAUGGACCUUCACAAGAUGACCUUUCUCAGCCUGUUGAGUUUGAUGCCAAGUUUGACCGGCGGAGUGGAGGAGGCCGCAACAGUCGGGCCACAAGCAGCAGUGACAACAGUGAAACAUUUGUAGUGAACACGACCAGCAACCACAGUGCCCUGCAUAGUCUCGUAGCCAGCUUAAAGCAGGAAAUGGCAAAGCAGAAGACAGAGUUCGAGUCAAGAAUAAAGAGCUUGGAACAGAGGAAAUUUGAACUAGAAACAGAAAUGGUAUCGCUACACGAUGAACUGGAUCAGGAGAGGAAGAAGUACACAAUGGUAGAAAUAAAAAUGAGGAAUGCUGAACGGGCCAAGGAAGACGCCGAAAAGAGAAAUGAAAUGCUGCAAAAGGAAAUGGAGCAGUUUUUUUCCACGUUUGGGGAACUGACAGUGGAGCCUCGGAGGCCUGAGAGAGGCAAUAGUAUAUGGAUCCAGUGAACCACGGACAAUACAGGGCCAGGGGCCUUCAGAGAAGACUGUUGCUCUGUGGGUGGGGUAUCAGGUGGCUGGUCACCUGACUGAGGCUAGCACUCAAUGUCAUGAACCUAGAAGGAAAACUAAGGUGCAUUUCUUGACAGUAUUUUUAUUGUGUACUUACCAAAUAUAUAAUCUAUAAAGUCCUUCUAUGUUACUGUUACAUAUUAUAGCUGGUUGUGCAUAUAGAUUAAAAAAAAGAACUAUGUCAACAAAAAAUGAUGCAUCUGGUAUAAGGAAUAUUUUAAUGCAGGUGUUGUGGUUAAACUGAUAAUCCAUAUUGUUGUGUUGCAUUUAAGCUUUACAUCAAGGAUUUUCCUUGCACUUAGCAUUAAUUAUUGUUAUUAUUAUUUGCAUUGUGGUACUGUCAGCCUUUUUUGUAAGUUUUUUUUUUUCACUCCUAUUUGGGGUUUUGUUCAGAAGAAAGUGUUAACAAUAAUUGUGGCUUUGCGUUAUAUGCCAUCAGGCUUGUCCAUGACCAAAAAAAAUAAAAAUGUAAAUAUUUUAUAAAAUAUAAUAGAUGCAUUACCUUUGCUUCCUUUGUCUUUAUAUUGCAUACUGUAGAUUUACUUCCACAAGUUCAUAAAGGGACAGAUUUGAAAUGCCAACACGGAAUACAGCAUUUAGUGUUGACCAUGUAUUAAGAACUUAGCUCUCCUAUUACAGUGGCUUGCGAAAGUAUUGACCCCCCUUGGCAUUUUUACUAU